CCACCUUUUUUGCUGCCAGCCGAGCCCGACGUCAGGGGCCGCUGUGCGCUGCGCGGGGGCUCCGCACGCGGCCGCGCACACAAAGGCAGCAGCUCCGCACCGCGCACCGCUCCGCGCACCGCUCCGCAGGCAGGAUGCAGGUUCGGGGCCUCCUCCUCCUCCUGGCACUGAUCCUGCUGGCUGCCACCGCCGAGGCUGGCAAGAACAAGAAAGAGAAGGCAAAGAAGGAUGGCUCCGAGUGUGAGGACUGGCGCUGGGGACCAUGCGUCCCCAACAGCAAGGACUGUGGCCUGGGCUACCGCGAGGGGACCUGCAAAGACGAGAGUAAGAAGCUCAAGUGCAAAAUCCCCUGCAACUGGAAGAAGAAGUUUGGAGCCGACUGCAAGUACAAAUUUGAGAGCUGGGGGGGGUGUAAUGCUCAGACAGGCGUGAAGACUCGCUCCGGCAUCCUGAAGAAAGCCCUGUACAAUGCCCAGUGUGAGGAGAUCGUCUAUGUGACCAAGCCCUGCUCUUCCAAGAUCAAGUCGAAAUCCAAAGCAAAAAAAGGCAAGGGGAAGGACUAGAGCGGGAAGCCAGCAUCCUCGUCGGCCCUUCGACCACGGUGCCCACGGGGCUGGACGCCCAGCUGCAGCCAGCCCACACUCCAGUCUUCCUCCUCCUUUCCUUCCUCCUUUCCAUGACCUCCUCUUUCACUGAGAUGCCUUGUUUUAAUUGCUAGUGUUGUAGAGAGCAAACCCACCCACCCCGCAGGAGGGGUUGCCCCCCACCCCGCUGCCGGUGCAUCCCACUCGCUUCUUCUCAGCUGGUGUUGGUUUGCUGGGAUGCACCUGGAGAGCUGGGAUGGGAACACACAUUUUUCCACCUUCUGGCACAAAUGACUUGCCUUUAGCGCAUCCUUUGGCAAGCCUGGGAGCCUCCUUGCUCCUCGGGAAGGGCUGGGUGUUGAAUGCCCAAGUAACCCCAUCACUCAUGCCCCUUACUCACUUGAAGACCGCUCAGGGAGCUUCUUCCAGCAUCCCUUCAGUUGGGGCACAACUCCCCUGCAGCAGCAGCGGGGGGAAAACAAAGCCACGGCCCCCCAGAAUCACCACAUCCCCCCCUGCUUCUCCUCCAUCACUUCUAACAGCGCGUGUCCGCGCCAGGGCUGCAGCCCCCCUGCCUUCGGCACGCCAACACGGGUGGCUGGGUGGGAGCUCUCACUUCUUUUGGAAAAUGGGGUUUGUUUUCUUUUCCAAUAAAAACCUUUAAAAAAAAAAAAAAACAAAAAACAAACAAAAAAACCCCACAACCAACAAACAGACCCACCUGUUGUCCCCACAAAGUGCUGCUGUGCUGGAAGCCCCAGCAAACCCCAGCUUUGCCAACCCUACUGGGACCAGCAGGGAUGUCACCGUGCGGCUGGCGGCGGUGGCCUGGGUGCCACACGCAUGGUCCCAGGGAAGGCGAGUGGCUCAGGCUUCCUGGCCUCUUCCCGGCAGCGCUUCGGGCUGCCCCCUACCCCACCUCAAGCUCGGAAGGAGGGAUGGGGCUGCCACCCAUGUGCUGCAGGAAAUGUCACCAGUGAGUGACCCUGGGAAGCUGGAGAGGAGCGACCAAGUGACGACCCAUUCACUCCUCACGCCAUGGCCGAUGGUUUCUGGUCCGAGGUCUUUAUUUGUCUCAGGGUGGGUUGGGCCGUGGUUAUAACAGUU